AAUCGAUCACUGAUUUCAAAUCGGGGCUCUGUUGUUUUCCCUGACUGACUCUUCCAGGACAAUAAAUCAAGUGAGGAUCGCAGCGCAGGCGGAGGAGCGGAGACACUUGGACACGCAGAGAUGUUUCGCAACCAGUACGACAACGACGUGACAGUAUGGAGCCCACAGGGUCGUAUCCAUCAGAUCGAGUAUGCCAUGGAGGCGGUGAAGCAAGGCUCUGCAACCGUGGGACUCAAAUCCAAAACUCAUGCAGUGCUGGUCGCACUAAAGAGAGCCCAGUCUGAACUGGCUGCCCACCAGAAGAAGAUCCUCCACGUCGACAACCACAUCGGCAUCUCCAUCGCUGGACUGACUGCUGAUGCCAGACUGCUCUGUAACUUCAUGCGUCAGGAGUGCUUGGACUCAAGAUUUGUCUUCGACAGGCCCCUCCCCACCUCACGUCUCGUCUCUCUUAUCGGCAGCAAAACCCAAAUCCCAACACAGCGGUAUGGAAGGAGGCCUUAUGGUGUUGGACUUCUCAUUGCUGGCUAUGAUGACAUGGGGCCUCAUAUCUUCCAGACCUGCCCGUCAGCUAACUACUUUGACUGCAAAGCCAUGUCCAUCGGAGCGCGCUCUCAGUCUGCUCGCACCUACCUGGAGAGAUGCAUGGACAAGUUUGCAGACUGUAACCUGAAUGACCUGGUCCAGCAUGGCCUCCGUGCUCUCAGAGAAACCCUCCCCACUGAGCAGGACCUCACCACCAAGAAUGUUUCAAUCGGCAUUGUGGGGAAGGACAUGGAGUUCAUCAUUUAUGACGAUGAUGAUGUUGCCCCGUUCCUGGAGGGACUAGAGGAGAGGCCACAGAGAAAGGUCGCCCAGCCUGCAGAUGAACCCGCUGCCGCACCCGAUGAGCCCAUGGAGCACUGAGGUGGCGCUGUCGGUUUACUUCCUGUUAUGAGAGAGGGCGGGCACAAACCCAGACCAACCUGACGCUUAACUGCAACUCAGCAGAGUAACUCUUAGAGGGGGGAGGCUGUUCUUGUGAUGUGCCACUCGCUAAACUGUUCAUCCAAAAAUAUUCUGGGCUAACAUCGACCAGCGUGAUGUUGCUUUUGUAUGAGUAAAUGUACCAUUCUGCUAGUAAUAAACUCUUUUUUUGAA